AUGGAGAGGGGACUGCCGCUCCUCUGCACAGCACUCACCCUCGCCCUUACCCUGGCCAGCGCUUUUCGCAAUGAUAAAUGUGGUGACACUAUAAAAAUUGAAAACCCUGGGUAUCUUACAUCUCCUGGUUAUCCUCAUUCAUACCACCCAAGUGAAAAAUGUGAAUGGCUGAUUCAAGCUCCGAACCCAGGCCAGAGAAUUAUGAUCAACUUCAACCCACACUUCGAUUUGGAGGACAGAGACUGCAAGUAUGACUACGUGGAAGUCAUUGAUGGAGACAAUGCAAAUGGACGCUUAUGGGGAAAGUUCUGUGGAAAGAUCGCCCCUUCUCCUGUAGUGUCUUCAGGGCCGGUUCUCUUCAUCAGAUUUGUCUCUGACUACGAGACUCAUGGUGCAGGAUUUUCCAUACGUUAUGAAAUUUUCAAGAGAGGUCCCGAAUGUUCCCAGAACUACACAACACCUAGUGGAGUCAUAAAGUCCCCUGGAUUCCCUGAAAAAUAUCCCAACAGCCUGGAAUGUACUUAUAUUAUCUUUGCACCAAAGAUGUCAGAGAUUAUCCUGGAAUUUGAAAGCUUUGACCUGGAGCCUGACUCAAAUCCUCCGGGGGGGAUGUUCUGUCGCUAUGACCGGCUAGAAAUCUGGGAUGGAUUCCCUGAUGUUGGCCCUCACAUUGGGCGUUACUGUGGACAGAAAACACCAGGUCGAAUCCGUUCUUCAUCGGGCAUCCUAUCCAUGGUUUUUUACACUGACAGUGCAAUAGCAAAAGAAGGCUUCUCCGCAAACUACAGUGUCUUGCAGAGCAGUGUCUCUGAAGAUUUCAAAUGUAUGGAAGCUCUGGGCAUGGAAUCAGGAGAGAUUCAUUCUGACCAGAUCCUGGCUUCUUCCCAGUAUGGUACCAAUUGGUCUGCAGAGCGAUCCCGCUUGAACUACCCUGAGAAUGGGUGGACUCCUGGAGAAGAUUCCUAUAAAGAGUGGAUACAGGUAGACUUGGGCCUUCUGCGCUUUGUCACAGCUGUUGGGACACAGGGAGCCAUUUCAAAAGAAACCAAGAAGAAGUAUUAUGUCAAGUCUUACAGAAUAGACAUUAGCUCCAAUGGGGAAGACUGGAUCACCAUAAAAGAAGGAAAUAAACCUGUUAUCUUUCAGGGAAAUACCAACCCAACAGAUGUUGUGUUUGGGGUUUUCCCCAAACCACUGAUAACCCGAUUUGUUCGAAUCAAACCUGUGACUUGGGAAACUGGCAUAUCUAUGAGAUUUGAAGUCUAUGGAUGCAAGAUAGCAGAUUACCCUUGCUCUGGAAUGUUGGGAAUGGUGUCUGGACUCAUUUCUGACUCCCAGAUAACAGCAUCAAACCAAGCAGACAGAAACUGGAUGCCUGAAAAUAUUCGCCUGGUCACCAGUCGCUCUGGCUGGGCACUGCCGCCUGCACCUCAUCCCUACGUAAACGAGUGGCUCCAAAUAGACCUGGGGGAGGAGAAGAUUGUGCGAGGCAUCAUCAUUCAGGGAGGGAAGCACCGGGAGAACAAAGUAUUCAUGAGAAAAUUCAAGAUUGGGUACAGCAACAAUAGCUCUGACUGGAAAAUGGUCACGGAUGACAGCAAGCGCAAGCCCAAGUCUUUUGAGGGCAACAACAACUAUGACACACCGGAACUGAGAACUUUUCCACCUCUUUCCACACGAUUCAUCAGGAUCUACCCCGAGAGAGCCACUCAUGGAGGACUGGGGCUAAGGAUGGAGCUGCUGGGCUGUGAAGUAGAAGUACCAACAGCUGGACCGACCACUCCUAAUGGGAACCCAGUGGAUGAAUGUGAUGAUGACCAGGCCAACUGCCACAGUGGAACAGGUGAUGACUUCCAACUCACAGGAGGUACCACUGUGCUGACUACAGAAAAGCCAACAGUAAUAGACAGCACAAUGCAAUCAGAGUUUCCAACAUAUGGCCUCAACUGUGAAUUUGGCUGGGGCUCUCACAAGACCUUCUGUCACUGGGAACAUGACAAUCACGUGCAACUCAAAUGGAGUGUAUUGACCAGCAAAACUGGCCCAAUUCAGGAUCACACAGGAGAUGGCAACUUCAUCUAUUCCCAAGCUGAUGAGAACCAGAAGGGCAAAGUGGCUCGUCUUGUAAGCCCUGUGGUUUAUUCCCAGAACUCAGCCCACUGCCUGACCUUCUGGUACCACAUGUCUGGUUCCCACGUUGGCACGCUGAGGGUCAAGCUACGCUACCAGAAGCCAGAUGAGUAUGACCAGUUGGUCUGGAUGGCCAUUGGGCACCAAGGAGACCACUGGAAGGAAGGGCGUGUUUUGCUUCACAAGUCUCUGAAGCUUUAUCAGGUGAUUUUUGAGGGUGAAAUCGGAAAAGGAAACCUUGGCGGGAUUGCAGUCGAUGAUAUUAGCAUUAAUAACCACAUUUCACAAGAGGACUGUGCAAAACCAGCAGACCUGGAUAAAAAGCACCCAGAAAAUAAAAUUGAUGAAGCAGGGAGCACGCCAGGAUACAGGGGCACAGGAGAAGGUGACGAGAACAUCUCAAGAAAGCCAGGCAACGUGUUGAAGACCUUGGACCCCAUCCUCAUCACAAUCAUUGCCAUGAGCGCCCUGGGGGUUCUCCUGGGGGCUGUCUGUGGGGUUGUGCUGUACUGUGCCUGUUGGCACAACGGCAUGUCUGAAAGAAACUUGUCUGCCCUGGAGAACUAUAACUUUGAACUUGUAGAUGGUGUGAAGUUGAAAAAAGACAAACUGAAUACACAGAGUACUUACUCGGAGGCAUGA